GCGACGCCACUGACCAACCAGCCAAAAACCCGGCCGCGCGCCUGUUUGUUCGGCCGGAGCGCGCCAUGGCCAUGGAGGAGGGGUCAGGAGCGGUGGAGAAAGGGCCGGCCGUGGGCACGGUGGCUGACGCCUCCGCCAGCGUCAUCGGCGAAGGCGCCGUGAAGGAGGAGGCCGGGGGCAGACGGCAGCCACCGGCCGGCUACGCGGCCGUCGUGAUCGGCGGCACCUUCGACCGCCUGCACCAGGGCCACCAUCUCUUCCUGAAGGCGGCAGCGGAGCUGGCGAGGGAGAGGAUCGUGGUCGGCGUCUGCGACGGCCCCAUGCUCGCCAAGAAACAGUACGCCGACCUGAUACAACCGAUCGAGAAGCGGAUGCAGAAUGCCAUGGAUUAUAUUAAGUUCAUAAAGCCCGACCUUGAUGUUCGUGUGGAGCCCAUCGUCGACCCUUUCGGCCCAUCCAUCGUUGACCAAGGCCUUGAGGCCAUCAUUGUCAGCAAGGAGACGUUGCCGGGAGGACACGCUGUCAACAGGAAGAGAGCAGAGAGAGGGCUCACUCAGUUGCAGAUCGAGGUGAUAGAGCUGGUGCCAGAGGAGUCGACGGGGGACAAGAUAAGUUCCACGGCAUUCAGAAAGAUGGAAGCCGAGAGGGCGCUGCAGCAACAGAAUAAACAAGAUGAUACAGCAGUAGGCACUCCGGUUGGGGUGCAAAACAUAGCGGUUCAGUCACAUGGAGCAUAGUAAUGAACCGAAGUUCGUACUUUAACAAAAAAUACAUUAAACUUUGAGCUCUCUACUUCCAUCACAUACAAAGGCACAGUGCUUCUGUGCCCAAACAUGGACUGAUCAAUACAGAAAAGUUCCAGUUUCUUCACAUAUUUAGACCGAAGGAUAU